CUCAGCACAGACAAAAUUUUACGUAGAAUUUAUAUUAACUUAAAAAAACGUUUCAAAAAAUAUAAAAAAAAACCAAAAAUAAAUUAUAGUAAUAAAUUGUUCUGACCCGUAUCCCAAAAUGAUGCUCUCCACGUACAUGCACGAUUAUGUGCCGCCAAACGCGAAGAGAUACGAGUUUAUGACCCACCUUAAGGGUCAGGAUGGCUUCGGUGGUGCCAAACUAAUCGAGUGUCAAUGCGUUGAAGAGGACAUUAUAAAACCCCCGAAAGACGCUGUCAACAGCUGUGCUGGCGUUGAAUGGACAGGCAUUGCACCGAUGGGUCGCUUGGUGGAUCCGCGUCUUAUACCGACAGAACUAGCACAGGAUCAAGUGGACAAAAUGGCACUUGCUCCCGAAUCGGACUGCUUCAAGAUGCAGCCCAAUCGCUUCCUCAAAAUCUUGCGUAACGUUUACCCCGAUCUAUACGAGCGCCUGAAACUGAUGCCAAAGGAGGAGCUCGGUCGUCGAUUGGAAACGAAUCGCAUGUUUACCACCUAUCAGAUCGAUUACUGCGACGUCAACGAGUAUCCCGAAGGUAUUUACGAAAGCAUGCAGCCAACUGACAAGGCAUCCAAAAUGAAAUCGGACAAGCUAUUGACGAAUGCAGCUCCCUGCUCUGAGUUCCGUUCAGAUGUGAUGCGACAAAUGGAACGCGAGAAUACUACAGGCUACGAGCAGCAAGCAGAUGAGUGUGAACAAGCCUAUAAGCCGUUCAAGACUUCGUUCUCAGACUCGUCGCAAUUCGUAAACUCGGGCAACAACUCGCACUGGAAGGCAGCGUCAAGCACGUUCCGCAAAGUUCCCAACUUCACCGAGUACAUGGACUCCAUCAGUCGCAAUGGCUGCAUCAUUAUGCGCAAUAAACUUCACGAUCAUUCCAAGUGUCUGGCGAAUCACUGUCGUCAUGAGGUUCGAUUCAACUGCACUGACAUGAAGCCUUGAAGAGAUUUCUUUGUUUGACUUGCAAAUCUAUCUCAGGCCUGACUCCAAAAUAGGUUUUUUGAUGUAUCGUUUAAAAACUUGUCUCGAUGUAAACUCGUAGGUUUUUUUUAGUUGAAUUCAAAUUACGUAAUAAUAACCAUUCCAUUAUCUAUAUA